UGAGCUCAUGACCUGAGCCGAAGCUGGAUGCUUAACCGACUGAGCCACCCAGGUGUCCCUACUUUAAACACUUUGAAUAUGUUGUUCCACUGUCUCCAGUUUCUGUAGUUUCUGAUGCGAAGGUACCUGUUACUUCCUUGGGGUUUCCUAGUAAGCAAGACGUUUUUUGUUUUGAUGCUCUCAAGAUUUUCUCCCUUCCUUUGGCUUUCAGCAUUUUCACUAUAUGUCUGGGUAUGGAUCUCUUUGCAUUGAUCCUAUACUUGAAAUUCUUAGAACUUCCUGGAUGUAUGGGUUACUGUGUUUUAAAUUUGGAAAGCACUGAACCUUUAUUUAUUUUAACCUUUUUUCUGCUUCUCUCCUGUGUAUGUUUGGUGAAUGAUGUUCACAGCUCCCUAAAGCUAUGUUCAUUUUUCUUCAUUCCUUUUUCUCUGUUCUUCAGAUUCCACAGCCUAUCUCAAGUUUAAUUUUUUUUUCUUUUGCCAAUUUAAAUCUGUUUUGUCCCUCUGGUGAAUUCUUCGUUUGUUAACUGUACUUUUUUAGUGCAUGUCUUUGUUCAGAUAGCACUUACUCCCUCUUUUGUUAUUGAAUUUUAAUAGGUUUUCUUGAAUACAUAGUUCUUCAUUUUUCAUAUGCCCUUAGGACCACUUCCAGAGACUUGACAUGGCUGUUUGUUUAUAUGAUGGUCACCACUUGCACCGGGGAGCAGAGUCACAGAGCUCUUCAGAACAUUUUGCUUGAAGUCAAUUUCUCUCUCAGGAUACUCUUAUUUUUCCAGGUCACAAAAGAAGACAAGUCCUUCCAGAAUAUUAUGCGUUGUUAUAGGACUCAGCCACAGGCCCGGAGCCAGGUGUACAGAAGUGUUUUGAUAAAGGGGAGAAGGAAAAGAAGAAACUCCGGCAGCAGUGACAGCAGAAGCCAUCAGAAUUCUCCAACAGAACUAAACAGAGACAGAACUGCCCUAGCGCUCUCUCUGUUUACUGCCCCGUGCCUGCCCGCUGCAGCCAGCAGAGACUCCAGCCCCGUCAUGAGGUCCAGCAGCACCCUGCCGGUCCCACAGCCCAGCAGCGCCCCUCCGACACCGACUCGCCUCACAGGCGCCAACAGCGACAUGGAGGAGGAGGAGAGGGGCGACCUCAUCCAGUUCUACAACAACAUUUACAUAAAACAAAUUAAAACAUUUGCCAUGAAGUACUCCCAGGCAAACGUCAUGGAUGCUCCUCCUCUCUCCCCCUACCCGUUUAUAAGGACAGGCUCUCCUCGCCGGAUCCAGCUGUCUCAGAAUCAUCCCAUCUACAUUUCUCCACAUAAAAAUGAAACAACUCUUUCUCCGAGAGAAAAGAUUUUCUACUACUUCAGCAACAGUCCUUCAAAGUUCACUCUGCUGUAAAUCUGGAGUUUAGAAUUUUAAAUGGAGUAAAAAUCCCCAAAUUUUUGUUAAGAAAACCUCGAUCUCUAAACUGAAGAUUGAAUAUCUAUUUCUGGGGCAGGCAGCGUCUCUGUCCAAAGGGAGCAGCGGACGUUGCGCACAGCGCCGUGUGCUAGUCCUGUUAGUGCCCAUCUGGGCAGCGGCGGCCUCUGUCCGCGAGUGGGGGAAGCUUGCAUCAGACCUUCCUGAGAAAGGUGAUCAGUGAGGUGCUGACAUCCAGGAAGCAGGAGAAACGGGGAAAGAACACAGUGUCCUUGAGGCAGGAAGGCUGGAUCACUGGGAAUCCUGUGCUGUGUUUAGGAGGACAGCUUGAUCCCACAGGCCUAUGAUGCUCGUAUUCAUAAACACAUGUUAAAAAAGAGACUAGACUCCUCAAACCAACAUGUCAGUGUCAUGAGGAGAAGAGUAGAUGGGGGAGGUGCUGUUCUGGAGUGAGGAGGAGGUGACAGGACACUCACAUGCAGAACUUGCACUGCAUUCAGCACAGAAAAGCACAGUAAGGAGGACAUUUUGGGGACAAGUGGGAAAACUUAAUGUGGACUUGAAUGUUAAAUAUUAAAAUUUGUUAAAUUCCUUUGGUAUUGAUACUACUGGAUUAUAUAGGAGAAUGUUUAAAGUAUUCACAGGUGAAAUGAACAACGGUAGUAAAGUGUUAAUGGUUGAUAAUUGGGUGUUCAAUGUAAGAUUCUUCCAACUUUUCUUUUAAA